AUGACUGAUGGUGGUAUGAAUCUAAUCGAUAGUCGUCUACAAUCUAACUCAGAAGUUGUAUGCAAUGAAGUAAACAAGAAAAGCAGUACAAACAUGGAAUCCGGUGAAGGAUUAGUGAAGCUUAAUAGGUAUACACUUUUACUACAAAAUGAUGAAAAGGAUUCAUUUGAAGGAGGAUCACAAGAGUGCUGCGUUUGCGGUUAUCAUACAUUUUAUGUUUGUCUUCGGUGUAAUUGGGCUGCUUACUGCAGUACAAAAUGUUAUAAUAUGCAUAGACCGAUUCAUCAGUACUACUGCAAUGUUAAAUAUCUUCAUUUUCCUCGUUUAGUUGGCCUACAAAUUAUUCCAAUCAGUAUAGCAGCGGGAAACACUAAAAUUUUAAAAAGUGAUACAAAUGAACUCGAUCUGAUUGGUUUACCAUUUUACUCAAGAAAAACAGAAGACAAAAGUUCAUUUGGUCAAAUUAAAGAGAUAGAUUUAAUUCAAUAUCGUUCUUGUUUAAUUCGUACAAAUUUAGAGAAUAAUAAUUAUCGACCAGCUUGUGCAAUAUGUGGUGAUCCAUGUACAAAUGAAAAAAGUUUUGUCUAUAACAAUGAAUCAGAAAUAUCAAAGAAGGAGAAUGACGAUAUCAGUGACACUGAUGAUGACAGUAUUCAUGAGAACAAACAGGUUGAUGAAGAAAUAAAUUCUGUGAAAUUAAAUUCUUUAUCUGAAUCAAUCAGUAUAAAUUCACAAUAUUUUUUAGGCGAUAAUAAUCUUUCUACUCCAGAGUAUACUCGAAAAGAAAGUUUAGUACGAUUCGGUGGUAUGUUAAUAUGUACAACUUGUGCAAAAAUACAAGCUGAGUCGAAAAUUCUGAAUUUUCGAUAA